GGAGAGAGAGUUAAUGGAGAAUUAGAAUCUUGGAAGUACUAUAAACAUAAAGAUAGGAAUUUCUCAUUAAAAUUGCUUUGAGAUGUGCUAAUGAAGGGAGAAAAGUCAUAUAAAAGCACUGAAGCUGACUAGUCUGAGCGAGAGACAUUCAUCACUACUCGGACCAUGGACAUCUGUUUGUUUGUUCUCUUAUUUGGAACCGUCACCUUGUCUGUUCUUCCUUACAUCCAAGCUGAUAGUCUCGUUGUAAUUUCCAAGCGCUACAGCAACAACUCCUACUCCUGCUUCGUACGCCACACCAAGGACGGUCUCGAGUAUCAUUUGGCCUACAAUGUGUGCAUCUUGGACCCCUCCACCAUCAACAAUGGCACUGCAGUUCCCAACAAUCUGGUAGGAUCGCUCCACUGCCUACUCUACGAGUGUACCUUCACCGCCGCCGAGCUGAUGUCUGCCGAUGGCCAGCUGGAAUGCUUCCGUCAUAUAUACACACCACCCGCGCCAGUGCUCGAUCGUUUCACCACCUACAGAAAGUGGCCUGGUACGCCGUUCUCGAUACCGCGAGAGAGACGACUUGGGCGCACGAAGCGUGACUUCAGUUGGGUCACCUUCUUGGAGAAGAUCUCGUUCAUGGGACGGCAUCAGAGCACGGUUAGCAAGCAGAAUGAAGCGUACUUUCAUUACAACUUUAUGAACAAACCAUCGAGUGGUGGUGGAGGUUCUGUUGGAGGUAAUCGUCCAGUACAGCCAUCUCCGCCGGUUGCCGAUACCACUACACCAGCCAUACCAGGACCACCGAUUGAACCGUUGGUUGCAGAAGCUUAGCAGGCGUUGGAAAAUGAAAUACAUAAACAGUGGUUCCAAAACAGUGUUUUCAAUGCUUCCAGGAACACAAAACAUCGCUGGAGGACUUCAAUUUUUACACCAAUUCGAACAAAAGUCAAGAUCUCUUUAGCUAGUUACAACCGCUGCUUCCAAGUUCCCCAACCCUGGACUGACACGCUAAAACGACAUUAGCCUCGAAAAACUGUCAACUCGCCUCCAAUUGCCGCCUUCUAAUCUAAAAUGGGAAGAGCGUGAAAGGUGUUGCAUUUCACAGCGCAUGACACCUGUCUUCCUCCCACAUCAAAAACCUGAAACGAAACGGCUGCAGCUCCGAUAAGACCCGCCACUUUUUCUACGCCAAAAACACUGUUCAGGGAAAAUUGCCUGCACCAUGUUAUUCAUAAAUUAUUGUAAGUCUUUCUGAAAAAAAAACCGGUCCUAAAACCACCGACGGGUGUAGUUAUCAGUUCCGACCUGUGACGCUCCGUUUCUCCGUACGUGGACGUAUAAAGCGAUCACUCGCACCUCACUCAAGUGUCAGUGUGUUCUGUGUUGUUCUAUUCAUACCACAUCAACUCGUAAGCUCGUUCGUUGCCAUGGAAAUCAUUUGCUUGAAACGGUGCUGGCUUUCGAUGCUACUGCUAGCGAUGCUGAUGGGAGUGAUCUGCACCGGUGCACCGUUUCAGUGUGACGAAGGAGCAGAAGAAAAUGCGGAGGAAACGUACGGAAAGCUGCAAUCAAUUCCACCAUCCACUACCGAGUUUGCUGGUCUGCAAGACGAACCGGUAGGCUUUGUGCCUUCGAAAUCGCAGCACGACAUGCUGAAGUCCCGGAACUCUAAAUUUCUCGGUGUAGAUCGCAGCUCGGAAGAGGAAUGAUUGGGGAAGAUCGUGACGUAGGAGGGGGAAUAAAGCAAGUGUGGUCUCGUCUUACCUCAAAUACAUGAUUUUUGAAUGA